AUGAGACUUAUCAUCAGACCCGACAGCCAGUCCGCAUCCGCCCACGUCGCCCACUAUAUCCUGGAUCGCAUCAGGACCUUUGACCCCACACCAGAGAAGCCUUUUGUUCUUGGGCUUCCUACAGGCAGCAGCCCCAUUCAGAUUUACGAGAUCCUAGUCACUGAAUACAAGGCCGGCCGUAUCUCCUUUGAAAAUGUCAUUACUUUCAACAUGGAUGAGUAUGUUGGGCUUCCCCAGGCACACCCAGAGUCAUACCACAGCUUCAUGUUCCGCCAUUUCUUUUCCCAGGUGAACGUCAAGCCCGAGAAUGUCCACAUCCUCGACGGCAACGCGCCUGAUUUGGAUUCCGAGUGCGCUGCCUACGAAGAAAAGAUCAAGGCCGUCGGCGGCAUAGACCUCUUCCUCGGCGGCGUCGGCCCGGACGGCCACAUUGCCUUCAACGAGCCGGGGUCGAGUCUGGCGUCCAGAACCAGGGUGAAGACGUUGGCCAUGGACACCAUACGCGCCAAUGCCCGCUUCUUUGGCGGCGACCUGAGCAAGGUUCCGCAAAUGGCGUUGACCGUCGGAGUGCAGACGAUUAUGGAAGCGAGGGAAGUCGUCAUCAUCGUGAACGGAGCAAGCAAGUCCAUUGCGCUCCAGAAAGCGAUCGAGGGCGGGGUUAACCACAUGUGGACGCUGUCGUGUCUCCAACUCCACCCCUACUCGAUGAUCGUGGCAGAUGAGGAUGCGACUCUGGAGUUGCAGGUGAAGACGGUCAAGUACUUCAAGAGCAUCGAGAAGGUCGGACUGGGCAAGGGUUUCGAGCAGAAGCUGCCCCUAAGACUGAGGACCGUAUCUCUCGCCAGCCCUCCUCAUACACCAGCAGAUAACAAGGCGGCUUUCAUUGAAGAUCAUCUUGUGGAGUUGACGCCGGAUAGUAUGUCAUCUCGCAUGACGUCGUGGCCCGUCAUAUAA